AUGCCACCUCCCAACUCGGCUUCUCACGGAACUCCUGCCUUAUCGCCUGCGUCUGAUCAAUCGAGAUCCUUUGCCUCCGGCUCUGCGGAAAUCGAUAACGCUCAUGACGAGAAUGUGAACUUUCUCCGCUCUCGCUCCCUUCUCUACAAUCCCCUAUUACCAUCACUCAGCCGACACCGCCGUCGGCGCUAUCAAUCACAUCAGCCCAUGGAAGACGAGGAUCCAUGGGAUCGCAUGGACCUCGACGACCCUGAUCUUCGCCUUUCCGUUGAAAUCAACCGUCGCAUCCCUAUCGCCGCCGAACGAAUCCCCGGUCCCUGUAUGGCUGGGCCCCCCGGCUCCGAUGACGAAGAUGAAGACACCCGGCGCCCUGAAGAGUCGGAGGACGACCAACUACAACUCCAACCGUUUCCUCACGGAUACUCAUCCCAUAACGUAUCGUCAACUCGAGCACGUGAAUCCUUGCCCACCGGUCGCACGCCGCCGAUCAUAAAUGGAGAUGAACCGAUGGAAGGAAGCACUCGGUCUCGGAAUUCGCCUAUCCCGACCAUGGAAGCCCUGUUGCAGUCUAUGAGGCCACAGCCCAGGUUACCGCGGAAUAGAACCCUGGAGAGUUAUCUGCUGGAUCGGUAUACUCGUUCAAGUGAUAACGCCGAAGAAAGCGAGCGAACUAGUGGCUCGUCCUCGUCCAGGGCAUAUCGAUACCGUCCCUCCAGUCGGGGCGACUCCCAGCGCGUUCUCACCCACAGCGACUUGCGGGCUCGAGCUGCUGCACAUCGCCAACUUCACUCAGCAGGUUCUGUGGACUCCAUGUUGAAAAACACUAUCAACUAUCUCGAUCGACUCCGCUACUCAAACUCCUUCGAGGAGAGUAUCAGCUCGGCCGCCGCAACCGGAUUCAUAUCAUUAGACAACUUUUCAUGGAAGGACACAUCGCACCGCCAGCGAGCUGCUCCUGGCUCCGACCUGGAGCAAUUUUUUCUGGUUGUCAACGGGCAGCGAAUGCCACUGGCCCGGUACUCUCCCAGCGGGUUUCAAGUGCCCCAUGGCCCCAGUGAACCCGUGAUUGUCAACAGCAGCGAUAGUAGCGCACGUAUCAGCGUACAUACCAGCUCCAGGCGACGAUACCUGGCAAGUACACGGGACGAGAAUUGGCCUGUCAAAGUCACUAUUCACAACAUCAACUACGAUGACAUGACUCUGUCGGGUACCAUGGAGGCCUACAACAUUCCCGACAAGACAUCACCCACCCAUGAUGCGCACAUCGUGACAUUCCUGGAAGGUGAAAUCAUCGAUUUCAAUAAGCACACAUUGGAGACAAAGAAUUUUAAAGCGGACGCAGAUAUCGACAGCACAUACUGGCGAGAAUUGCAGCCUUUCAAAGAUCUCACAGAUACCGAGAUUUCCAAGAAUCUCGUCAGCAGGAAAUGGAUCACCGAGAAACUGGCCAAAGGGUGGAUCUUGAUGCGUUGGAAGGAACGGUGCUUCAUCACCCCCACCGACUCGCGUCAGGGUCUCACCAUCUCCGGGUUUUACUAUAUUUCUCUCCGUCGUGAUGACGGUCAGGUUGAGGGGCUCUAUUACGAUCCCGGCAGCUCGCCCUAUCAGCAACUGUCACUUAAACCGGAAACUGUGAAGAUGGUUCGUCCUUCCUACACUUUCCGGUAG